UAGGAAAAAGAAAAAGAAAGGAAAAGAAAAAGUCUGUGUUCUCCUUUCCCCCAAAUCGAUCGACGGACGGAAGAAACUCCCAUGGCGAUUUGGUCCUCCUAGCAAGCAAGCAAGCAGGUAGCUCUUCCUCCCGAUUCCCCUUCCUUCCUUCCUUCCUUCUCGUCCGCCCGGCCGGCCGCCUGCUACAUCGACGGAGCCUUUCUUCCACCGCCGGCCGCCGCAUCAUCUAAUCUGCCGCCGCCGAGUGCCCAAGGAACAGGAAGCACCGGGGCUCUUGGUCGGUCAGGGUCAGGGAGCAACCAAGGAGAUAUAUAGAUAGAUAGAUGGCGGAAUUGGUCGGACCGCGGGUGUACAGCUGCUCCCACUGCCGGAACCACGUCUGCCUCCACGACGAUAUCAUCUCCAAGGCCUUCCAGGGGAGGAAUGGCCGUGCGUUUCUCUUCUCCCACGCCAUGAACGUUACCACGGGGGCCAAGGAGGACCGGCAGCUCAUGACGGGGCUUCACACCGUCGCCGACAUCCAUUGCCGUGACUGCCGUGAGGUGCUCGGAUGGAAGUACGAGCGAGCCUACGAGGAGUCCCAGAAGUACAAGGAGGGCAAGUUCAUAUUUGAAAAGGCCAAGAUCGUGCAGGAGAAUUGGUAGCAAAUAAUUGGAAGAAAGAUUCAACCAAUCCAAGAUCGUGCCAGACAGAAUGCUCUCUUUAUGAUGGAUCCUCCAUGCCUUUGUACAUAGCAGCAGUCCGUUUUCUUCUUUUCAAAACUAGCAGUCUGUUGGUCUUAUUUCCAUGCCAUUUGCAAUUUCUUCUUUGAAAUGGUUUGUGAUUUGUUGUGUGGAGAGACAGAAUUAUCAUGUUCAUUUGUGUUGGAACCAUUUUCUCAUUGAUCAUAGAUAAGAUCGAAGGUUUGAUAA